ACUCUCUCUUCCCUUGUCUGUCUGUCUCUGUCUGUUCUGAACAGCUGACCAGCCUGCUGCCGAGGCCCGAGGUCCGUCCGUCGCCACCACGAAACUGCAAGGGCGUCCUCGCCUCCACGGCCAGCGGUGCGGCUGAGCUCCAUGGCCGCCCGAUGCCGGCCGCAGGGUCGAACUGCGCCGACACCAACCGUACCCUUGAGGCCUCGACCACUCAGAACGAUUCGUCGCGCGAGCGAACGGCGACGGCGUACCGGCGCCGUACCGGGUGCGGCGCGGCGCCGGCGAUCGAUGCGGCUGAGAGUAAGGUGCCCGGGCUGUCCGGUGCUGCCCUCGACACGGGUCGCCGACGGGAGGGGCGUCGCGCGGCGUGCUCAAUCCCGGGGUUCCCCGUGCCCUCGCUGCCACCAUCAAAGCCAGGCCGCCGCGUAGAGAGAGGCGAUGACACGGUUCGACACCGCCGCAGGCGACGACCGCGCCUUGUUCGACGGAAUGCCGCAUAAGGCCCCCGCCCAUCGACUGCACUGCACCCGCUCGAUCGGCUGAUUGCUGAAGCCGCGCGUCAACGGGAACGGGAUGGCGGCGCAAAGUAAAGGUCAAGGCGGCGGCGAGGCGCAACGAGACCUACCCGUCGUCUACUCUAGAAGCAACGCGCCAUUGUGGUACAAGGCCAGCAUGGGUAGCAAAGCUGUUUACUGCGUGCAAGAAGGACACAUGGAAUGGAAGUUGGAAUGUCCUCUGCAGAGUGCACAAGAGUAUGUAUAUUUCAAUAGUCUUUUGGACUAUUGAACCGGGCCAGCAGUUCCAUCACUGAAAGGCAGCAGAGAGCUCAUCAACUCUGUUGACACUACUCUGCUAGCUCCUGCAUCCUCUUGACAAUUGCUUGGGAGGCGUAUGAGAUGAAUCUGAUGGUGCACACGUGCUAAUUUUGUGUCCAGAUCAUGGUGUAACUAGGCUCAAAAGAUUCAUCUCGCAAAUUACAGUAAACUGUUCAAUUAGUUUUUAUUUUCGUCUAUAUUUAAAGCUCCAUGCAUGAGACCAAAGAUUCAAUGUGACGGGGAAUCUUGAAAAUUUUUGCGAACUAAACAAGGCCUGGCAACAUUAUUAUCAUUCGGAACAGAGCUGCAGUCCGCAGGUUUUUUUUUGGGCCAAUCACACACUGUCGCCUACUUCCGUUGUUGGACCUCCUCAAAACAGAGUACGCUCGGCCUACUUCCGUUCGUCCGCUCCUCCCUCCUCACCGACGGCAAACUGGCGACCGCACGGCAUCGCAAUACCCCGCCAAGAACAUGCCACCCUCGCCUCGCCUCGCCGGGAAACGCCACCACCUCGCCGGGAAGUUCCGGCUCCCCUCCUCUCCAUCCCCGUCACCACCUUCACGUCUUCUCCAUCUCCGUGCUCCACGCCUCGUCUACGGCAAGGCGCUCUUCUUGAUCGGCGGGACGAUGGCACGCUCCAAGAAGAAGAUCAAGAGCAACAAGAAAUCCCGGGCCACGUUCGUGCAGAAGGAGGCGCUCGGGAUAUGGACGCUACUCCCUGAGGCGAUGGGGAGGAUGUACCGGGCUAUGGUGGCGUGGCUUCGCCGCCUUGUCGCAGUGCUGCGCCGCGCCGGCGCCGCGGAGGCCAGCAACGCCGCACUCUGGGUCGGACAUGGCGUACCGCCGACGCUGGAGGAAGCCAGCGACUUCAUCUUCGACACCGCCGAUUCUGCCCCGCGCCUGACGACAAGCCCAGCGACUCCGCCACCGCCGACGGGUGCCAAGAACCGCGCAUCGACUCCACCACCGCCGACGGGCGCCAAGAACCGCGCAUCGACUCCACCACCGCCGACGGGCGCCGAGAACAGCGCGUCGACUCCACCACCGCUUACAGGCGCCGAGAACCGCACGUCGACUCCGCCACCGCUUACAGGCGCCGAGAACCGCGCGUCGACUCCUCCACCACUAAAGAUGGCAACGGGUACAAACCCGCUGGGUUUUGUCAUCCCAAACCCACGCCCAUUAAUAUAAAAGGUGUCCGCUAAAAAACCCAUGACCCAUCACGGGUUUGAUUUUGUGCCCAAAUCCAUGUCCAUCGGGUCACGGGUAUUUAACGGGUUGCCCGUACUCAUCACAACAUAUCAUAAGAUGGUCAUCCAGUUAAGUAA